AUGCAACACGGAAUCAAGCGUGAGAAAUUGUCCGAGAAUGCAAGGAAGACAAAACAAGAGAAAGACAAGCUCAAGAUCAAGCAUUACAGACGGCUCACCGCGAGAUGCCUAGACAACAAGCACAAGAAGAUAUUCACCAAAGAGACAUUGGCUGAAACCGAAACACUUCUAGACCUUAAUCCUGAGUUUAAUGCAAUAUGGAAUUACCGGAGAGAUAUCUUGGUUCACCUAUUUGGUAGUGGCGAGAUCAAGAAGAAGGAUGUGUUGGAGAAAGACCUAAUGAUGGUGAUGCAGAUGCUCAAGCGUUUUCCCAAGUGUUAUUGGAUAUGGAAUCAUAGGUAUUGGUGUCUAGCGCAGCUUCAGAAUGAUAACGAGGCAAACUGGAAGUUUGAGCUAGGCAUUGUGCUGAAGCUACUAGAAUUGGACAGCCGAAACUACCAUGGGUGGCAUUACAGGCGGUAUGUGAUUGAAAACAUGGAGAAUGUAGCUCGGGCACGAGCUGAAGGUGACAAGGGAAAACAGGUGCUUGCCGAGCUACAGAUUGACUUGAUGGAUUUCCAGUACACCACAGAGAAAAUCAACAAGAACCUCUCCAACUUCAGUGCUUGGCACAAUAGAGCUAACCUCAUACCCAAAAUAUUCGAUGAGCUCGCAAAAAUUCACGAUUCAGAGGCAUUGGAACGGUAUUCCGAAAUCCUCAAAAUUUUUGAGUCACCUACAACACUCAUCAAGCACGAUCUUGAUCUACUCAAGACAGGCAUUUAUAUGGACGCGGAAGACAGCUCCAUUUGGAAGUACAUGCACUGGCUCGUAAGCGAGGACCUUUUUGUGAAGGACCUUGAACAAAGAGAAGAGUUCAAGCCAGUCAUUUCUCAACUCUUAAAGGACGUGGAAGAGCUAAAUGCGUUGGAAAAAGAAGAUAGUGCCAACGAUUCUGAUAGUGCGUGGUGCCUUAAAACCAUGGUCAUGUUGAAGGCACUCUUAUUGCGCGGCAACGAAGUUUCAGCGCUUGACGAAGUAAAAGCCCACUUGGAACGGCUAAUCGAACUUGACCCGCUCAGAAAGGGCCACUACAAGGACCAGCUAGCUGGUGAGGCGCCCCUCUUCUAG